GGCGCGCAUGCGCACAACAGCCCGCCUCCCCCCUUCGUUCUAUCAUCAGCGUCGAGGCCUAGCGCGCCGUCGAAGGCAACUUUGUUCGUCUUAGUCGUCCGUCUCUCUUCUCUCGGUUCUUUGGCGCGGACGGAAGCAGGCGCCAAGGGGCUCUGCGGCGGAGCUCCCUCCACACAAAGGAGCAUGAAGGGGCCCCGGCGAGGAUUUAAAGAAAUAUGCAUUGUUACAAUUUUAUUCUGGAAUUGUUGAAGUGGAAAUACAGAUGAAACCAGCUGACAGAAUAUCAACUGUAUAGCAUUGCGUCACUCAGUUCUCCAAUAAAGGAAAACAAGGUGGAAUAAUUCAUCAUUGCGUUAACUGGCCACCAAACCUUCUAUCAGAUUUCUCCAAACAACCCAGCAAACAAAUUGUCACGCAGCAGGGUAGUUUGCCAAAGUUGACAGCACACAGUGAGGAUUUAAAUGUGAACAAUGAUUGGUCUGAAAGUUUAUAUCAGAUUGCUGUGGUUCUGUGCAUUCAUCGUUUUUCAAGUUCAAGGGCAGAAUUUAGACAGCAUGCUGCUUGGAACAGGGAUGAAGACAGAUCCUGAACAAAAGAAGCAAGAAGAUGGAGUAACCCUGGCACCUGAGGACACAUUCUUUUUACAAUGCUAUUGCUCAGGGCACUGGCCAGAAAAUGCAGUUAAUAACACAUGCAUAAGUAAACGGACAUGCUUUGCCAUUAUGGAAGAAGAGGAAAAUGGAGAGAUUACUCUUGCUUCUGGCUGCAUGAAGUACGAAGCAGACUUCCAGUGCAAGGACUCUCCAAAAGCACAACUACGGAGGACAAUUGAAUGUUGUCGGACAGAUUUCUGCAAUCGAGAUCUGCAGCCCACAUUGCCCCCUCCUAUUCCUACAGAUGGUCUCUUCGAUGGCAGCAUACGAUGGAUAGCCGUGCUUAUUUCUAUGGCAGUCUGUAUAAUAGUUAUGAUUGUCUUACUGUCUUUCUGUUACAGGCACUAUUGUAAAUGGGUACCAAAAAAACAGUGUUACAAUCGUGAUUUGGAGCAGGAUGAAGCUUUUAUUCCAGUUGGGGAAUCAUUGAAAGAUCUUAUUGACCAGUCACAGAGCUCUGGCAGUGGUUCAGGACUUCCUCUUUUGGUUCAACGGACUAUUGCCAAACAGAUUCAGAUGGUACGGCAAGUUGGAAAAGGUCGAUAUGGUGAAGUGUGGAUGGGUAAAUGGCGGGGUGAAAAAGUGGCAGUGAAAGUAUUUUUCACCACUGAAGAAGCCAGCUGGUUUCGAGAAACUGAGAUUUACCAGACAGUUCUCAUGCGCCAUGAGAAUAUACUUGGUUUUAUAGCAGCAGAUAUUAAAGGUACAGGAUCCUGGACCCAUCUAUACUUGAUUACAGAUUAUCAUGAAAAUGGGUCAUUGUACGACUACCUGAAGUGUACCACUUUGGACAACAGAGCUCUACUCAAACUGGCUUAUUCUGCAGCAUGUGGUCUCUGCCAUUUGCACACAGAGAUAUAUGGCACACAAGGAAAGCCUGCUAUUGCCCACAGAGACCUGAAGAGUAAAAAUAUCUUGAUAAAGAGGAAUGGGACUUGCUGUAUUGCUGACUUGGGCCUAGCUGUCAAAUUUAACAGUGAUACAAAUGAAGUUGAUGUCCCUUUGAAUACGAGAGUGGGAACAAAGCGUUACAUGGCACCAGAGGUCCUAGAUGAGACUCUGAAUAAAAAUCACUUCCAGCCGUACAUCAUGGCUGACAUCUAUAGUUUUGGCUUGAUAAUUUGGGAAAUGGCUCGGCGUUGUGUCACAGGAGGUAUCGUUGAAGAGUAUCAGCUACCCUACUAUGAUAUGGUGCCAAACGAUCCUUCAUAUGAGGAUAUGAGAGAGGUGGUAUGUGUUAAGCACCUGCGCCCAGUAGUAUCUAAUAGAUGGAACAGUGAUGAGUGUUUAAGAGCAAUAUUGAAAUUAAUGUGUGAAUGCUGGGCCCACAAUCCUGCCUCCAGACUUACUGCAUUGAGGAUUAAGAAGACCCUUGGCAAGAUGGUAGAAUCACAAGAUGUUAAAAUUUGACAAAGAAGUGUCACUGAAGAGUGAAGUUUGGACUUCUAGAGCUGUUCACUCAAGCAGAUGUGUAGGUCUGGCGGAAUGGAAUGAGGGGUGGGGUAGCACCUGAGUUUUAGCCCACUUUGUCGCCCACUUUUACAGGCUGCUAAUCUUAAAUCUUUCAGUACUUUGUAGGAUAUGGUAUCUGUGUACACUAUAUGGUACACAUGUUGAUAGCCUCAUUUACUUCUCGUUUUGAGCUGCAUUGAGAUUUUAAUCAUACUUUCAAACUCUUGUAAAACACUUUUUGAGUGCUGAAUUGCAUAUUCAGAUUAUAAUGCUUUCUGUGAAAGCCUUGAGUUAAACAAAUUCAACAGCAAUGGGGAAAAAAAAUAAGCUUUCUGCCUUCUACCUGAUGAUAUUUUACCAAGUCUUGAUAGACCAGCCUAUGAUUAUAAGUUUGGGGUAUUGCAUAAUUGAAAAUUUCUCAUUAUGGUUUUGUGUGUAUGUGUGUAUUUGCGUGAGUCCAUGCACACAUUCACCAAGAUUAUUCUCCUGCCAUUUGGAGUACUAAAGCCAUUUAAUUUUGUGCAAAGCUAUCAUUUUCUUCUGUAAUGCCUUGGCCCUAAAGACUGUUUGGAUUUCAAAGAAAGUUAAGUUCUAUGUUCCUUUUGUGCUGCAUGGAAGAAAUGUAUAUGUUUCAUGACCAAAUCCCAAAACUGCUAUUGUAAGCCUAUGCAGUAAGUCACCUUCAAGUUUGAUGUGAAGAAGAGACCAUAACUCACUUCAUACUCAUUAUGAAUAUCUGAAGACUGAGCACACAACAUGGAACAGCUGAACUUCUUUGAUAAUUGAAGUGCCUGCAAUCUUGUACUGUAAACUGUACCCUAGCUAGCUUUAAAAAGGGAAGUUAUUUAUAUAGUGUUUAAUAUACGUUUAUUUGCUAAAUACCUGGUCUUGUGUAAAUGUGUAAACAUACCAUACUAGAUCUGAAAAGAACCUAAGAAGUACUUUUGUUGACAUUUGAUGAGAUACACACUUACUGAAUGAAUGUGACAUGCAAAAAAGUUGGCUAGUCUGUCAAAGUAUGUGCAAGGAUACUACAGAGAUAUUUAAAUUUCCCAUUUGCAAGCAUUCAGUAAGAAAUGUAAUGCAGUACUAGUGGGAUUGAAACAACCAUCAAAAGCACGGUUCUGGUUUUUAAGAAAAUGUUCUAUAGGUUGCAAAUGGUAAAAUGGUCAGGCAAUAUAUUACAGUAUUUUUUUUUAAUUUAUAUUUUGGUGUACAAAUUUUAUUUAACAUUUCCUUAAGUCAUUGCUUUUUCAGUAAUGCCUUUUAAGUAUUAGUACUUAUCCAGCUGAAACGUUCAUGGGUACAUAAGCUAUGGUUUAAUUUAUUUUGAACACAUCAAGUGGUGGUGAACAUUGUGCCAGAGAUUAUUUUAAAAGUGUUUCUUUUAUCCGUCCAUUGCUAGGAAAUCAAACAGGCUAAUUAUCUAACCCCCCUCUGCUUCUUUGUGUUGCACAGGUAGCUGGUAAAUAUUUGACAUAAACUAUCAAAUUAUUGCUCUGAACCAUUAACUUUCCUACUCUGUACUUUAAGAGAUCCCUUUCCCACCAUCAACCGGCAUUCUAAUCAAUAUCUAGAAAUUGGCCAUGGAACUAUUAUCUGCCAUAAAGCAUAUUAAAAAUGCAGGAAUAUUCUAAGGCCAGUGUGGUCUUCAUGGAGCACUAGCCAGAUGAUGGACCUCAUUAUUACCCUCAGAGUCUGAGUACCCUAAAACAGAGCUACUCAAAACAAUGAUCCAUGGACCAGUAUUGGACCAUUGGCUAUUGGUUGCUGGUCCACAGUGAGUUUCCUGGAAGGAAAGAAACAGUUAUAGUCAACAGACACAAACAUACUGCUAGUCCCUGACACAUUAAAAAAAAAAAACCUGCAGCUCCCCUGCAUCAGAUAGCU